AUGUCUACGCCUUCGUCGUCACGCCGCCGUGGACGUCCAUCACGGGCGUCUGCUAACUCUACUCCCUCCAGGGGCACUGCGCAACCGCAGGUGGUUAUCUCCAGCCCCGCCCCUUCUCGCCAGUCUCAGAACAACCUAGACCAGACUACAACGCCUCGAACAAGGAGAAUAGUUGACAAUGGAGUCCCUUCUUCGUCGCCAAUCUUUUUUCAGUCAUCGCCAGCGGGCCCGGGGGCCGCUGCCAAUGCGCUGCCAGAUCGAAGCUCACCGAUGCCCUCGUCUCCUUUAGGUGAUCGUGAGACAACUCCACGGCCUACUCGCCCGUUAGUUGAAGACUCUUCGCCCAUAAGAUAUAUGCCUAGUUCUAGUCCAGGACGUCCAGCGAACAGCCAAACCCGGCGGAAUGAUAUACCUACCAGUAGCAGUGGCUUGUUCCUUCGUUCUCCCAACCCUAAUGGUAUUUCCACUCGAAGAGGCGAUAUCCAUUCGGAUGCCUUCUCCACCGCUGGUUCUGGACGCAGGACGCUCUUUGUGGAUGAGAGUGGUAUGCCAGUCCGUAACGGCGAGCCGCCAUCUGAUGCUACGUUCUCCAAUCUCAACCCCGAUACAUCCGAGGCGGAGGCUCUAGGAGGUAACUCUACACGAAUAAUAUGGGGUACCAAUAUCUCUAUCCAAGAUGCAAUGGCAUCGUUCAAAAACUUUCUCUACAAUUUUGCCAGGAAACAUCGUAUGGCCUAUGACGGUGCUUCUGAAGCCGAGAUCCAUGCAUUGGGCCCGUCCGCUGAUGAGAAAGAAUACAUCAAGAUGUUGAACGAAAUGCGACAGCUUGGUGUGACUGGUCUCAACCUUGAUAUCCGAAACCUAAAAGCUUUUCCACCUACCGUCAAACUCUGGCAUCAAGUUCAAGCUUACCCUCAGGAAAUUAUCCCAAUCAUGGAUCAGUGUACCAAGGAUGUCAUGAUUGGGCUAGCUGAGAAGGAGGUAGAGCUAGCUCGACAAAGCAGCCAGCGAAGGCCGGGGCCAGCUACAAGAGACGUUAGCUCUGCUCCUGCGUUUCCCACCUCAGACGCUGAUGCAACCGUUGAUACCCCCGCUCAGCAGGAUACAUCUAAUAUUCUCGCGGACGUUGAAAGUAGGACAUAUAAAGUCCUUCCAUUCGGCAUGGACAAGUCUAUAAACAUGAGAGAUUUGGAUCCAGGCGACCUUGACAAACUUAUAAGUGUUAAGGGUCUCGUCAUUCGAGCAACGCCCAUCAUCCCUGAUAUGAAAGAAGCAUUUUUCCGAUGCGAUGUAUGUUUCCAUUGUGUCAGGGUCGACAUUGAUCGUGGAAAGAUUGCCGAACCUACACGCUGUCCACGAGAGUUGUGUGACACACAGAACUCAAUGCAGCUGAUCCACAACCGCUGCACAUUUGCCGAUAAACAAAUUAUCCGUCUUCAAGAAACACCAGACUCUAUUCCUGAUGGUCAAACGCCCCAUUCAGUAUCACUUUGCGGGUAUGAUGAGUUGGUCGACGUAUGCCGGGCUGGUGACAGAAUAGAAGUUACCGGUAUCUUCCGAUCCAACCCAGUUCGAGUCAACCCGCGACAACGAAGCACAAAGGCGCUUUUCAAGACCUACGUUGAUGUCUUGCAUGUUCAGAAGAUAGACAAGAAGAAGCUCGGAAUUGAUGCGUCAACGGUGGAGCAGGAACUCUCAGAACAAGUUGCUGGAGAAGUUGACCAAGUGCGGAAGAUUUCACAGAAAGAAGAAGAUAAAAUCAAGGAAACCGCAGCUCGCCCAGACGUGUAUGAGCUGCUGGCUCGAUCACUGGCUCCCAGCAUUUAUGAGAUGGAGGAUGUCAAGAAAGGCAUUCUCCUGCAACUCUUUGGGGGAACAAACAAGACUUUCCAGAAGGGUGGAAAUCCCAGGUAUCGAGGAGAUAUCAACGUUUUGCUCUGUGGAGAUCCCUCAACAUCGAAGUCACAGCUGCUGAAGUAUGUGCAUAAAAUUGCACCUCGAGGAAUAUACACUAGCGGCAAAGGCUCCUCGGCAGUCGGUUUAACAGCAUACGUGACUCGAGAUCCAGAGUCUAAGCAACUGGUGUUAGAGUCUGGCGCACUGGUUCUUUCAGAUGGAGGCGUUUGUUGUAUCGAUGAAUUCGAUAAAAUGAACGACGCUACCAGAUCGGUUCUUCACGAAGUUAUGGAACAACAGACAGUAUCGAUCGCGAAGGCUGGCAUAAUCACCACCUUGAAUGCAAGAACCAGCAUUCUUGCCUCAGCCAAUCCAAUUGGAAGCAAAUACAACCCCAACCUUUCCGUACCCCAGAAUAUCGACUUACCCCCCACUCUCCUUUCCCGAUUCGACUUGGUGUACCUUGUCCUUGACCGCGUGGACGAGCAGAAUGAUCGCCGCCUGGCAAAGCAUAUGGUAGGGAUGUACCUGGAAGAUGCGCCUGAGACGGGCUCUUCUGAGGAGAUCUUGCCCAUUGAAUUCCUUACCAGCUACAUCACGUAUGCAAAGACGCGUAUUUCGCCCAAACUCACUCCAGCUGCAGGAGCGGCGCUUACGGAUGCAUAUGUUGCCAUGCGUAAGCUAGGAGAUGAUAUCCGAGCAGCAGAGCGCCGCAUCACCGCCACUACACGUCAACUGGAGUCAAUGAUUCGUCUUUCUGAAGCUCAUGCGCGUAUGAGGCUCUCUGAAGAAGUUACAGCGGGCGAUGUGGAGGAGGCGGUCAGACUGAUCCGAUCUGCCUUGAAGCAAGCUGCCACAGAUGCGCGCACAGGACUGAUCGAUAUGAGCUUACUGACAGAGGGCACAACUGCACGAGAACGCAGAUUACGAGAUGACAUGAAAAAGGCCAUCCUGUCAAUUGUAGACGAGCUUGGCGGACGCGCUAUAGGGGCUCGGUGGGCUGAUGUGCUGAGGAAGCUGAACGACAGCUCCGUUGCUGUUGAGGGAGCCGAAUUUACAGAGGUUGUCAAGUCGCUGGAGACCGAAGGCCUGGUCAAUGUUGUUGGCGAGGGUGCCAGGAGGAGCAUCCGCCGUGUGUUGGGGACUGUCUAG